GAAAGUGGUUAUCACCGUAAACCAGUCCACCAAGAUUCAAAAUUAGACCAGGAGUUCGUAGCAUUAUUUUUCGCUCUCUCAUACACAGGCGCACUGUUCCAAGCUCGCGGCAAUGCAACAUGUCGACCGGCGACGAUGCCACCACCACCGGACCAAACCCCACUCCACAUAUACAAAUAUAUCGUGAUUCUAUCUCAAGACACGGUUCUCAUUCUCCAAAUCCUACCCAAACCCACCAACUCCGCACCUCCGACUACAUCGACUUCGACAACGAAGAACUCUUCAACUCCAUCAUCGACCUUACCGCCGAUCAACACCACGAACACCAAGGCAGCCGCUCCUCUCCUACAUCAAAAUCAUUCAUCAAUUGGCUUCCCAUCCUCAAAUUUUUCGGUGUUUCUUCAUCCAAUUCUUGCCAUGGAUCCUGCUCAAUCUGUAUGGAUGACUUCGAAUUGUAUUCAGGGGUGAAUCAAUUGCCGUGUAAGCAUGUUUUUCAUUCAGAUUGUAUCGUUCCGUGGCUUCGUAGGAGCAAUUCGUGUCCCUUGUGUCGGUACAAGUUACCGGCGGAGCAAAAUCCGAAGAAGUUGAAGAGGUAUGCGGUGAGUUUGGGGGAUCAGGAGGGCGGAUUUCAUGAUGCAAUGUUAAGGAAUGGGUAUGUUCAGGCAAGGAUACGGUCGUCUUCUUCUUCUUGGUCGCUUAAUGGGCAGAUUGGGAGUGGUUUGGCAGCGGCUGGAAAUAGUGAGGACUCGGUUUCAAGCCCGUUGGUGCAAAGGGAGAGUGAUGCUACGGUUGAUGAAGAUGGUGACACUUUCAUGCUUGAGUCAUGACUCCUUUUGGGGCUUGAAAGAAUUUUAUGUUUUAUUUGUGGAUACGUUUGGGAACUAUAUAUGUUAACUAGAAGCAGAACACCAAUUUCUCAUCUAUAUCAACUACAUGGUUUAAAGAGUCAAUCUGUGAUAGCAACAGUUGCUAUUAUGACAGAAUAUUUUACUGAAAAAGAGUAAAGUUGUGAUAGCAACAGUUGCUGUUAUUUAGAAAUGAUAGAUGGCACUAGAAAUUGACCUAGUCAUGUGCCCUAUUAUAUUGUGCUAAGUGUUGAAGAGACGGUAGCUCGCUUGAUGUACCAGGGGUAGCCAGAAAUUUUAAUUUGGGGUGAUUAGUACUAUAUAACUUAAAUUUGACAUUAUAAGCAUAUAUGAUAUUAUUGUUGUUUUUUAUAUACACACAAAUACUAUAGUUUAUCCUCUUUUCCAUGCA